UGGGAAACCGCCGUGUGCAGCCAGUUCAGAGCACAAUGUGCGUCAGGUCAGCUUUGGUGACAGCAGGGCAAAUCUAAUUCGAUUUGCUGCCGCGACGCAAGUACACACGCCAUGCCAUCACUGGCAGAAACUUUUCCCUGAGAGCCUUUUUUUUUAAAAGGUACAUGGGAUUUUUAUUUUUAAUCAUAUGGAGGAGUGACCCAGUCCCGAAACUCGCUGGCCUCCUCCCCUUGCUCUCAGCGGAAGCAGCCGAGGGGCUUCAGCUACUGCGCUUUUCGUGACCAACAAGGACAAACAACGACCAAUAAGGAACAGCCGUUGCUAGAGCCGGAGGAAAGAUUGCAAAAGAGGGACUGCCCUUACCUGUCUCGCCUACCCGGAAGUUGGAGGCGGUGCGGGAGCCCCUCAGUGUGUCGCGAUCUUAGAGGGGCUGCUGCAGGGUAGUACGCCCCGAAUCAAGCUGUACCAUUCGGGGUGGCGCGUAUGGAGGAGGGGAACGUGGGAAGAAGUCAGGGCCUCCCUUUGACCGGCCCCUCAGGAGAGGCCACGUGUUGUUGGAGGCCUCAGACCUGCCCUACUGCUGAGCCGCGUCGGCCUCCUGCCGCAAGCUUGCUGCGUUUGUGCCAUAUUGGAGCGUCCCUCCGGAACACCUGCGCAUUUGGUGAUGAAUAACAUGAGGGACUGGUGACCUUUGAGGAGGUAUCCUUGCAUUUUACCAAGUAGGAAUGGGCAGAUCUGGAUGCAGGCCAGAGAACUCUGUGCAAGGAGGUCAUGCGAGAGAUUGAUGAGAAGGCAACUUCUUUGGGCAAGGAUCCUUUCACCCUUAAUCAACAGAGAAUCGGGUCCCACUGCCUAUCAAGAAAUACUUUCCUCAGCCUCACUUUGUAUAAACCUUAGUUAAGGAGAUGUCUGGGAGGUCAAGGCUGGGGGAGAACCAUCAGAAGAAUCACUGGACAAAGCUGAGGAGCAGGUGCAGGAACAGAAACUGAGGAGUCAAGAUGGAGCAAAGGGACAAGAGGGGGAGACAAAAGCAGACGCCAGGAGAUGAAUUUGGAACUUCUCAGGGUGGUGAAUAUAAAAUUCAACAGGAAACUGAAUUGAAGUAUGAAUGCUUGAAGUGUGAAAAGAGAUUUCAGCAUAGCUCAGAUCUUACUUCAUAUGAAAGAGUGCACAUAGGAGAGAAAACAUACAGAUGCUUGGAGCAUGGGAAGAGCUUCAGUUGGAGUGAUACCCUUAUUUGGCAUCAAAGAAAUCACCCAGGGGAAAAACCUUAUAAAUGCUUGGAGUGUGGAAAGACCUUUAGUCAGAGUAACACCCUUAGUAUACAUGAAAGAACUCAUACAGGGGACAAACUUUUUAAAUGCCUGGAAUGUGGAAAGAGCUUCAGUCUGAGUAGCCACCUUACUUUACAUCACAGAACUCAUACAGGAGACAAACCUUAUAAAUGCUUGGAGUGUGGAAAGAGCUUCAGUAGGAGUAGCCACCUUACUUCACAUCAAAGAACUCAUACAGGGGACAAACCUUAUAAAUGCCUGGAAUGUGGAAAGAGCUUCAGUAGGAGUAGCCACCUUACUUCACAUCAAAGAACUCAUACAGGGGACAAACCUUAUAAAUGCUUGGAGUGUGGAAAGAGCUUCAGUCAGAGUAGCAGCCUUAGUUUGCAUCACAGAACUCAUACAGGUGACAAACCUUAUAAAUGCUUGGAGUGUGGAAAGAGCUUCAGUUGCAGCAGCACGCUUAGUCAACAUGAAAGAACCCAUACAGGGGACAAACGUUAUAAAUGCCUGGAGUGUGGAAAGAGCUUUAGUCGGAGUAGCACACUUAGUAACCAUGAAAGAACCCAUACAGGGGACAAACCUUAUAAAUGCCUGGAGUGUGGAAAGAGCUUCAGUCAGCGUGGUCAACUUAGUAACCAUGAAAGAACCCAUACAGGGGACAAGCCUUAUAAAUGCUCCGAGUGUGGAAAGAGCUUCAGUUUUAGUAGCAGUCUUAUUUCACAUCACAGAACUCAUACAGGGGACAAACCUUAUAAAUGCUCCGAGUGUGGAAAGAGCUUCAGUUAUAGUAGCAGUCUUACUUUGCAUCACAGAACUCAUACAGGGGAGAAACCUUAUAAAUGCCUGGAGUGUGGAAAGAGCUUCAGUCAGUGUGGUCAACUUAGUAACCAUGAAAAAACCCAUACAGGGGACAAGCCUUAUAAAUGCUCCGAGUGUGGAAAGAGCUUCAGUUAUAGUAGCAAUCUUACUUCGCAUCACAGAACUCAUACAGGGGCCAAACCUUAUAAAUGCUCCGAGUGUGGAAAGAGCUUCAGUCUGAGUAGCACGCUUAGUAAACAUGAAAGAACCCAUACAGGGGACAAACCUUAUAAAUGCCUGGAGUGUGGAAAGAGCUUCAGUCAGUGUGGUCAACUUAGUAACCAUGAAAGAACCCAUACAGGGGACAAGCCUUAUAAAUGCUCCGAGUGUGGAAAGAGCUUCAGUUAUAGUAGCAAUCUUACUUCGCAUCACAGAACUCAUACAGGGGCCAAACCUUAUAAAUGCUCCGAGUGUGGAAAGAGCUUCAGUCGGAGUGCCCACCUUUCUUUGCAUCACAGAACUCAUACAGGGGACAAACCUUAUAAAUGCUUGGAGUGUGGAAAGAGCUUCAGUGAGAAUAGCACCCUUAGUAAACAUAGAAGAACUCAUACAGGGGACAAACCUUAGAAAUGCUUGCAGUGUGGAAAGACCUUCAGUCAGAGUAACCACCUUUCUUCACAUCCAGGAACUCAUAAAGGGGACAAACCUUAUACAGCAGGGCUCCACUCAUAUGGCAGGUUAGGGACCAGCCCCCCACCGAAAACCGAAAAGCACUGUAAAGUGGAACAUAGCAUUGCCCUCUCCCCCGCACUCGCUUGCUCACUUGCCCUCAUUGUGGUGGGGUAGUAAUGCUCGCAGGGAGGGAGCUGCCCGCUCACUCACUUGGCCUCCCUGGGAGUAGUGCUCCCCUUCUGCGGAAGGCUCCCGGCUGCAAAUCGCAGGGAGGGAGCUGCUGGCCUGCCCGCACCCACUCGCUCACCCUUUGCUGGCUCCCUCGCUUGCUCGCCCUCUCUGCCCACUCACUCACUCACCCUCUGCCGGCUCCCUCGCUUGCUCGCCCUCACCCCCCACUCACUCGCUCAUCCUCCUCUCCCGCUCCCUCACUCACCCUCCCAGGGAGUAGUGCUCACCUUCCGCAGCAGGCUACCUGCUGCGGAUCGCAGGGAGGGAGCUGCCCCUGCCCGUUCGCUUGCCCUCCCCCCGCCUGCUCACUCGUUGUCCUUCCCCGCUCACCCUCCCCCGCUCACUCAGUGCACUGUACCUCAAACAUCUUAAUUGAAAUGUGCUCCAGAAACAGUGCAAGGGGUUGGGGGAGGGAAAUUAAACAUGAUGGCGCUUCCCCUUCAGGGCACCGGGCUGCAGGAGGGUGGGCAAGGCAACGGGAAGGAAAGUAGGUGGGUGAGUCCUGCUAAGCAAGGAAUCCACGCCCAGCUUUGGCGCAGCCCUGCUUUCAAAACCCUUGCUUCCCGAGGCUGGCAAAGCAGGACGGAGUUGCCCAGAGGAGAAGGCGGAGGUGGGAAGACAGGAUGGCGUGCUACAGCGGGGAAUACUUGGUAAGAGAUCACACUCAACUGGACACUCUGAGGGGGCCUGCAAGGAAAUUGGUGGGUGAAUGGUGGCAGCGCCACAGCAUAUUUUUCUGGUGGAAAGUAUUGCUGCGAAAGCCACUGAGAAGAAAAGGGCACUUUCAACAGUGGCUGGUGCUCCUCCUCCUGGGAAAAGGCUGUUCUUCCCUCAGACUGCCAAGCAGCGCCGCCCCUCACCAGCUCUAAAUGGCCCUGACGAGGCAGUGAAAAUAAUCCCCCUUUAUCCUACUGUACAUAUUUGUAGUGUCGACAGAGCUUUCAUCAGACUGGCCAUCUUCAGGCACAUCAAAGUUCAUACAAGGGAGAGCCCUCCAUACAAAUGCUUGGAAUGUGGAAAAAGCUUGAAGCAAUGUCCCACUUUUUCUGUGCAUCAAAGGAUCCAUGCAGGGAAGCAGGGGUACCAACAGGAUUUUCUGGGCUCGGUAUACUGUAUUAGGUUGGGCCCUCUGCUGCACUCCUCAAAGACACAAAUUUGCAUAAAAUGUGAAUGUGAAUACUCUGUGUCAAAUGCAAAAACCACAGUUGUGUCCAGAUGCUCAUCCUGAGAUAUAUUCAAGAUUUAAAUAGUUAAAAAGCAAAGCCUUUAUUCGUUCGUUGUGGUACCGUAUAUUCCAGCGUAUAAGACAACUGGGCGUAUAAGACGACCCCCAACUUUUCCAGUUAAAAUAUAGAGUUUGGGAUAUACUCGCCGUAUAAGACUACCCCUGCUUAUGACAUGCAAGUGAUGUACCUUACCAGCGAUUGGCUGGUUGUUGUAUACAAAGCCUAUCGUGCGAAGGCAAGAAUGUCUUUGAAGUCAAGACUAGGGGCGUCAGGCCCCUCCCACUCUCCAGUUCAUUCUUGCCUUCGUACGAACAAGAUUGAGAUCCUAUAGCGUAGCUAAGUUUUUUCGUCUUUGUUGUGUAUUUGUCUGACAGGGUGCGGAGGUAGUGUACUUGUGUGUUUCCCAAGUCCCUCCCUUCCCCUGUCUUUAUUUUCACUGCUUUUUUCAGUUCAUUUUAUUUCUCGGGCAGUUUAUUUUCCCCGUUGAUUGUCUGACGGCUCCUAGAGCAACCGCGGCUGCGGGUCUCUACGGCUUUGGCCGUUUCCGAGUUUUUCUUCCCGAGCUCCGUCACAGUCUUGGGAGCUCGCGACUCUCCCGGAGCGGCUUUUCUCGGCUAGGCUGCCUCGAGCCGCGUCCUGUGGCGUCGUUGGAGAGACCGCGGCUGCGGUUCUCUCUCAGGCGGGAGCUUGCGGCUGCGGCUCCCUGCCUUUCCUCGCCACCCGAUUUUAGUAUUGCCGUCCACGAGAGCCUGCGGCUGCGGCGCUCUCAUUAGAGUGAUUUGUUCCUCAGCUGCACGCCGUGGCUUUAAUUCCGCCACGGAGAGCUCUGCAGUCGGCUACGACGGCUGCCUGUCCCUGCUGAUUUAUCCUUCUCAGUUUUCUCCUGCCAAUCCCUUCUGGGAUUUUUGUUUUUUCAGAGCCGCUAGUGCGGCUAUCGGCCCCGCGGCUGCUCCUGCGAGCCUGUGCUGGGCAGUUUCUCCCCAGUUCAACAGCAUACGGCCGCCAUUGCCCCUUCUUCUCUGUCAUUUUUUGACUUAAUUUUCCCACUCUUUUUCAGCACCCGCCCUAUAAGACGACACCCGGCGUAUAAGACGACCCCCGACUUUUGAGAAGAUUUUCCUGGGUUAAAAAGUCAUCUUGUACGCCGGAAUAUACGGUAUAUAUUAAUACUUCAUAAUAAAUUUUUCUUUUUUACUUUUCAGCAAAAAGAAUCUGAAAUGUCCACUUAGCCUUUAAGCUCAAUAGGUACCCCUGGGCCAGUCAUUAUGUCUUAACCUACCUACAUCACAGGCUUGUUGUGAGGAUAAAAUGGAAAUGGGGGGAGCUAUGUACACCACCUUGACCUCUUUGAAUAACAAAACGUGUUUAUACCAGCAGCACCAACCCACUCCCAAGAACUCCCAUAUUCCCCCUCCCCCCAUAUUGCUGCUACAGUCAACUUAACCUAAACCCCCCAUCUCACUGCUGCAUUUCCCUAGAAAAAAACAAGCCAAGAAAUUAGAUAACACUCUAAUUAUGAAGCAAACAGUUAACAUUUCCAUCCACUUCAGCACUGCAAUGUCCAUGCUGUAAAACGAGAGCAACAAAACAUUUGGGCAACUUCAUAUAUAUUAAAAAUUAGCAUGUUUAAUUUCAUAAUUUGUAAUACAGCACAGACCAAAAAUGGUGAGAAAAAACUAGAAAUAAAUGCACACAAAGCCAGGAAAACAGCCAUCCCCCACACUCUCCACGCUGUGAUUGCUAAUUUCCACUCCUGAUUUUUUACAGCAAAUAAAAACAGUACUCUGAGCAUGUAUAAUUUCACAUUUUAAAUUCACUUAUCAUUGCUUUGCUCACUUCCUGUGUUAGACCAGUUACCAACCGUCAUCUGAACCUACCUCACAUGGCUGUUGUGAAGAUACAGAAGGAGGUAUAAAACAACUGCAAAAGGGGAUUUAGUGCUUGUAUCACAGGCAUCACAUUUUGCUUUCUUUAACUACAGUGAUGAUUCUUUGUAAAGAGACAGUUUUGUACUCUCUCCCCCCCCCCAUUAGUGUACCUCCAGGCUUCAACCAAUUUAGCAUGAUCACUGUGUUUUUAGACUGUAUUCGAGUGAGCUUCCUCUCACUGUGUGCCCUUCCCUGCCACUUCCUUACAAGAAAUCCUAGGCAACAAUCCUGUACCUGCUUAAGCCCUGUGAAAAAGAAAGAGACUUACUUCUGACUAGAUCUGUAUACCCUGGAAUUCUUUAACAUCCACCCACACUUACUGUGUAGGAGAAUCUUCAGAAAAUAACCUAUAUUGAGUAGCUGAUCUCAAGCAGAUGACAAGGUGACAUAAGCCAGAAAGAAGCAUUCUGGGUAGAGGAAAACUGAAGCUCUUCGGGGCCUCAAGGAUUCCUGGUGUUUGAACAAUUCACUCAUCAAUCACAGCUGUGACUUCACUCGUUGGGUAAAAAGACAAGGCGGCAGCAGGCUGGCUGGCUCGUCUUACAGAAAUCGCAGGGGUGUGAGGAGUUCGCAUUUUGCUUCAUUAUGUUCUUUCUGUGGGGGCUAUUAAGAGUCACUCUUUCUUAAAAAGGAAAGCACUCUGAGGGGCCCACUUCUGCAUCCCCAGCACCUGUCUCUUGGCAGCCCUGCAGAGGGGAAACCUUAUAAAUGUCUGGAAUGUGGAAAGCUUCAGUCAGGGUUGCACCCACCAUAUGGAUCAGUGACCUCCAAGAGCAUCUGUCAUGAGCCACCCUGUUCAGAACUUGUAAGUUCAGGUCUGUGGCUUCCUUUAGGGAAUCAAUCCAUCUCUUGUUUGGCCUUCUUUUUCUACUCCCUUCUGUUUUUCCCACCAUUAUUGUGUUCUCUAGUAAAUCAUGUCUUCUUAUUAUGUCCAAAGUAUGAUAACCUCAAUUUCAUCAUUUUAGCUUCUACUAACAGUUCUGGUUUAAUUUGUUCUGACAUCCAUUUAUUUGUCUUUUUCGCGGUCCAUGGUAUGCACAAAGCUCUCCUCCAACACCACAUUUCAAAGGAGUUGAUUUUUUUUUCACUGUCCAACUUUCUCAUCCAUACAUAGAGGUCAGGAAUACCAUGGUCUGAAUGAUCCUGACUUUGGUGUUCAGUGAUACAUCUUUGCAUUUGAGGACCUUCUCUAGUUCUCUCAUAGCUGCCCUCCCCAGUCCUAGCCUUCUUCUGAUUUCUUGACUAUUGUCUCCUUUUUGAUUAAUGACUGUGCCAAGGUAUUGAUAAUCCUUGACAAGUUCAGUGUCCUCAUUGUCAACUUUAAAGUUACAUAAAUCUUGUCUUGCAAUUACUUUAGUCUUUUUGACGUUCAGCUGUUGUCCUGCUUUUAUGCUUUCCUCUUUAACUUCCAUCAGCAUUCGUUUCAAAUCAUUACUGGUUUCUGCUAGUAGUAUGGUAUCAUCUGCAUAUCUUAAAUUAUUGAUAUUUCUCCAUCCAGUUUGCACACCACCUUCAUCUUGGUCCUAUCCCGCUUUCCGUAUGAUAUGUUCUGCAUAGAUUAAGCAAAUAGGGUGAUACAAUACACCCCUUUCUCACACCCUUUCCGAUUGGGAACCAAUCGAUUUCUCCAUAUUCUGUCCUUACAGUAGUCUCUUGUGCAGAGUAUAGGUUACGCAUUAGAACAAUCAGGUGCUGUGGCACCUCCAUUUCUUUUAAAGCAUUCCAUAGUUUUUCAUGAUCUACACAGUCAAAGGCUUUGCUGUAAUCUAUAAAGCACAGGGUUAUUUUCUUCUAAAAUUCCUUGGUCCAUUCCAUUAUCCAACGUACGUUUGCUAUAUGAUCUCUGGUGCCUCUUCUCUUUCUAAAACCAGCUUGGACGUCUGGCAUUUCUCGCUCCAUAUAUGGUAAGAGCCUUUGUUGUAGAAUUGAGCAUUACUUUACUUGCAUGGGAUAUUAAGGCAAUAGUUCGAUAAUUACUGCAUUCCCAGGGAUCCGCUUCCUUUGGAAUUGGGAUGUAUAUUGAACGCUUCCAGUCUGCGGGCCAUUGUUUUAUUUUCCAUAUUUCUUGACAGAUUUUUGUCAAAAUUUGGACAGAUUCAGUCUCAGUAGCUUGUAGCAACUCUUGGUAUGCCAUCUGUUCCUGGUGAUUUUCCAAGUAUUUUAAGAGCAGCUUUCACCUCACAUUCUAAAAUUUCUGGUUCUUCAUCAUACGGUUCCUCCAUGAAUGAAUCUGUCAUCCUGGCAUCUGUUUCAUAGAGUUCUUCAGUGUAUUGCUUCCAUCUUCCUUUUAUUUUAUCUCAAUCAGUCAGUGUGCUUCCCUGUUGAUUAUUCAACAUCCCUACUCGUGGUUUAAAUUUCCCUUUCAUUUCUCUAAUCUUUUGGAAUAGGGUCUUGUUCUACCCUUUUUGUUGUCCUCUUCUAUUUCUAUACAGUAACUAUUGUAAUAGUUCUCUUUGUCCCUAUGUACUAGUCGCUGUAUUUUUGCAUUUAGGGUUCUGACUGUGUUUCUACUUUUGCUUUUGCUUUCCUUCUCUCUUUUAACCAUUUGAAGAGUUUCUUCAGUCAUCCAUUGACGUCUUUCUUUUUAACUAGAUGUAUUGUCUUUUUGCAUUCUUCUCUGAUAAUGUCUCUGACUUCAAUCCAUAGUUCUUCUGGUUCUUUGUCAACUAAGUUUAAAGCGUCAAAUCUGUUCCUUAUUUGAUUUUUAUAUUCUUCUGGGAAAUUAUUUAAAUUGUAUUUUGGCAUUAUGAUUGCUUUGUUAUUCUUUAUCUUUACUCUGAUUUUCUAUACGACCAGUUCAUGAUCUGUACCGCAAUCUGCUCCUGGUCUUGUUUUCAUAGAAAGUAUGGAACUUCUCCAUCUUCUGUUACCAAUUAUAUAAUCAAUUUGAUUCCUGUAUUGACCAUUUGGUGAUGUCCACCUGCACAGUCAUCUUUUCAGUUGCUCAAAAAAUGUGUUCGCAGAAACAAAUUAUUGGCUUCACAGAAUGCAAUAAGUCUUUCUUCUGCUUCAUUGCCCAAGUUCGAGCCUCUGGCUCCUGCUGGAAACACUGGAGGGCGGGAAAAAAGGCAGCAGAAAAAAUGGCGCCCGCUGUAAAAAGGGCAGGAAUUACAAAACAAAAUGGCGAUCAGGUCACUAACAAGAAGCAAUGGUGGUCGUACAUUGCCAGUUGUCAGAGGGUCUGAAAUGGCAGCAGGGGAAAAAGAACCGCCGCCGAGACCUCCCCACGGCCGCAGUAGCAAGCCGGAGUAAAACGCCAUGGACUCCUGGAAAAAUCGAUCGCCCCAUUCUCCUCACGGCCACAGAAGUGAGCUGGGUGGGGGGGAAGAUAUCCGCGGUCUGGAAAAGACUGAGCGCCGUGUCCCCCUCACAUCCGCAGUAGUGUGUCAGGCGGGAGCACAGCUGCAGUCUGCAAUGGCCACGCAGCGGGCCUGAAGAAAGAAAAAACCUCGCUGCGGAAUGCUAGGCAAGCCGCCCACAAAGCUGCCAAAAAAGGAAGCCGCAGCCACGCGCUCCCAGCAGCCAAAAAUAGAAAUCGCCACUGGAGUAGAGAAAGAGCUGACCAAUGCGCUGCUGACCCUUACCAAGUGAGUGCCAACCCCUUGUUUGAGGUUACUACAUUGAGGUUGAGAAGAAAGCUGAAAAAUGCUGUUCAGGGAGAUAACGCAAAAAUGUCAAGUUCUGUCUGAGGCAAUUCUGUUGAUGGAUUGAUUUAAAGUUUGUUUUUGAAAUACAAGUAUUAGGAAUGAAAUCACCAAGAAGGUUUAGUUCAUAAAUAUAUGUGUUGGUGAAGGGAAUACAGUUGUUUUUGUUUUCAGUAGCUUUAUUGAUCUGCACUAUCUGCUGCAGGAUCAAUGGCUGUUCCUUGUAAAUAUAUGGUGAGCAUAUGCUUCCCCCCCCAAGUCUUCUGCUCUUAAUGCUUUUGUUAGCUAUCAAGCCUGAUAUUGAUUAGUGUAUAUUUGAGAUAAUACUGUUUAAUUUCUGUGCUAAAAUUUCCAUUGAGUAAAAGAUAAAAUCUAAACUUCAAAACUUUUUGGUACCAUAAUGGUUUGGAUAAUGUGAAAGCGUCCCUGUUUUUCAUUUUUAUGAUGCUCAAUAGUGUAUGCCAGCGGUGGGCAGAAGAUAGAGCAGGAUCUACUGGUAGAUCUCUGGGUGAUUUGCAGUAGAUAAGCAAGGGUUACUGGCUUCCCGUAGUGUAACAAUAGCAAGUAAAAUUAAAGUUUUAAAAGUUUUCUACCUUAACUGUCCUUGUGCUAAUAGUUUCUCUUAGCCUCAGUUUUCCAAACCUGUAUAUGUAUAUUAUUUGGUUGCUUUUGGCUAGCAACUGCUUUUGCAGUUGUGGUAGCCUCUUUGAUCUGUAGUAACUCAGACAUAGACACAAGACAUACUCCCCAGUGGCGUCACUAGGGGUGUGGGGGGCUGCGGACCACACCAGGUGACACCAUCAGAGGGGGGGUGACUCUCAGCUUUAAUUUAAAAAAAUUAAGUUUCUAGGUGGUCCGGUUCUCAAGAUAUACAUAAAAACAUCAGCCGCCCCCCAGUGGCAUCACUAGGGGGUGCAGGGUGUGUGGACCACACCAGGUGCCACCAUCAGAGCGGGGUGAUUUCUCAGCUUUAAUUUAAAAAAAAACUAAGUUUCUAGGUGGUCAGGUUCUCGAGAUAUCCAUAGAAACGUCAGCCCACCGGUUAAAUCUUUUUUUAAACUACUGUAUAGCACUUCGUAGCUUUAACCCCGCCCAUUCAGGAUUGCAGCCAAUCAGUGAAGUGUUUGUUUGACCUGUGGCAGUGUCUAGUAAAUCUCAUUGCAAGGCCAGAAAAUGGUGGCUUCCCCCCCCCCGUUUAUCUGAAAAUCUCAUAAAUUGGGUAAGUAUAUAUAUUUCAUUUUCUCCUCUUGUGUGUAGGAGUCAGAUCCUGGUCAGUGUUUUCAAAACCUUCCCAAUACUUGCUUUUGUGGGGGUAAAAGCAUUGCUAAUCCCAUAUCUCCAGAGUAAAUCCCAUUGAAUUCAAUAGGAUUUACUUUUGAGUAGACAUGGUUAUGAAUGUGCUGAAAAUCAAUGGGACUUUGGAGUGAAUGUAAAAAAGAAUUGUGUUUGUGAUGUCUUUCUGUCCCCCUCUCCUCCAGUCCUAUUUUAAAGCAAGUAGGCAGGGCUUACUUAGGUAUUACAGUUUUUAUUCUGUUGGAAACUAAUACUGAUUUUUUAAAAAACUAAUACUGAUUUUUCUUCAAUGACCAACUGGUUUGACAAUAAACUAUUAUAUGGGCUGUAUGUAUUUAUACAUCUGCAGUGUGUGUGUGUAGUCUUUCCAACCACCCUGUGAGGUAGGGUUGGAAACCAAGGCAGCUCACAACAAGAAAUAAAGCCAUUUAAAAUCCAAUAACCAUAAAGCAAGAAUAAACAGUUGGAAAACAGCCUAAAGAGGCAUGAUUCUGAAUUUUGGGUUGGGUGAAUGAAGUUUAUUUAUUUAUUAUUUGAUUUAUAUCCUGCCCUUCCUCCCAGUAGCAGCCCAGGGUGGCAAACAAAAGCACUAGAAGCUCUUUAAAACAUCAUAAAAACAGACUUUAAAAUAUAUUAAAACACCUUCGAAAAUAUAUUUUUAAAGCUUUAAAAAAACAUUUUUUUAAAAAAAAGAAAAGGCUUAAAAACAUUAAAAAGCAAUUCCAACACAGACUCAGACUUGAAUAAGGUCUCAACUUAAAAGAACAAGUUGAAAGAACAACUUCCUUAUCACUUGAGGCUGUAGUUCUCUGCACACUUCCCAGUUUGAGUAAGCCCCAUUGAAUACAUUGGGACUUGCUUCUGAGUAAACAAACAUCGGAUUGCACUAUAAAUAUAUUUAAAGAUUGUGUAAUUCAUAAACAUAUUUGAGAGUCAUGUUUAUAUAAAUAUUUCUUCAUACUGUGUCCCAAUAAGUAUUUGAUUUCACACUAUGGUUGUAGAUGAUUUUUUCCUCUACAUUUUAAGUGUGCCCUUCUUCCUGGGGGUGGUCAUGGUUCUCCAUUGUUUUCAUCCUGAGGGGAGGAUAGGCUGAGAGAUGGUGAGUAGCACAUUUAAGGUCUCUUCACCUCCCCCCCUUUUUUAUUUGUAUUUAUUUUAUAUUUCUCCAAUAUCUUCCCCUGGCUGUUUUUAUGUAUCUUAAAUAUUUUUAGAUUAAAUAAGUAGGAAAUCAUAAUUGUGAACCUCCCUAAAAGCAAUUUACCUAUCCUUAUGUUUUGGCAAAGUGAUGGUGUGAAGGCAUGCUGGUAGAACAAGAGACCAUGUUUGAGGCAUGUUAUAAGGUGUUUGAGGACUUUGUCACACAUUACUUUUUGAGACCUGUAGAUUCAUGUUGGAAAGAACAUGUGCGCGUAUUGAAUGGUGUCUUGGGUGCUGUUAUUUCAGUCUACGCUGCAUGCAUAGCGAAGAUGAUACAUCAUCUGGCAGCUAGCUUCAUAACGUGAGAAUGAAAAACAUUUGGAUCACCAUUCACUUGUUUACUUUUCUCACUAUUGAGACCACUUCAUAUAUUACUUUUUCAUACACAGAAAUUUAAUCUUUGUACAGGAAAAAGUAUUUUGUAAAACGUGAAGGACUGUGGCUGCCCAGUCAGUAUAACCACUGUACAAGAUCUACUCAGCCACUGUAAUUACCUUUUUGUUUUGAGUGCCCUUUUGUCUGGGUCUUGGUUCAGGUGUGUAUCCAACUUUGAUGUGCUUAUGGAAGGGGUGUGCAAGUAGUGCCCCCCCAAGUGUGGAGGCUUGGACAAACAUUGUGUUAUGGAAAACCAAAGUCUGUGUGAAAGUACAUACUUGGGAAUGCCAUCAGUGUAAUCCUAAACACACUUAAUAAAUAAUAUCGAACUUGCACGUCACAAAAUAUAUUACGGUCAUGUCCAUAAGCACCAGGAGGGUAGUCACCCAGGGGAUCUUAGUCCCUCUGCUUUUUGGGGAGCAGGGUCCCUAUGUCUCCAAGCAUCCUACAGUCAGCAUGAAAAGGGAGUGUGUUAGUCACUGAGAAGAGUCUUCUGAUAUGCUUCCUUGCCUUUUCUGCUGAUUGGAGCCAAUCAGAGUGAAAGGAGUUGAGUCAGCCACUGAGAAGACUCUUCUCAGUUGCUAAGGCUCUCCACUGUCAUGCUGAUUGGCUCCUAGAGAUGUUUGUUGUUGUGAGAGAAUGCAUUAACAAAGAUCUCAUUCUUAAUCCAGGAGCAAAAAAGGCUGUACGUGGCUGUAACUAUCAUGAAGGGACCCUGCAGCUCUGAAUUUUCUACUAAACAACUGAUAAAUACCUAUGUAACUUUGUGUCUGGAGACUUAUUAUUAAGAAUCACUUUCCAUAAUUGUAAGGAGGUAUGUCAACACUCAUGCAUCCCAGGCACCUAAAUGAGGUGUGAGAGCAGCAUAGGGACAUAAGCAGAUAUCUUAUACCAGGGGUUCCCAAACUUCUCUUUACAUAGACCACUUGAAAAUUGCUGAGGGUCUGAAAGUAUCUGAAAAUUUACUAUGGGCAUAUGCAAGAUAAUUAACUCCCAUUAGUAAUAAGAGCAAGAAUUUGAGCUGUGCGUAUGAUAUUGUAAUUUAAAGGUGUAAUUUUAAUUUUGCUAGUUGUUUAUGUCACUACUAUUGCCAUUACAUUCAGUGAUAUAUGGGAAUUACAAUUUAUGAGUAACAUUAGUACAAAAAACAUUACUAAGUAUUCUGUAUUGUCUGGUAUGGGAGGAGGUCCAUGGGGGUGACACCAUGAGUUACCGCACCAGGUGACACCAACCCUAGUGAUGCCACUGAUACUCCCCACAAACACACUAUUUGCACCUGGCUCUGAUUGGUUGACCUCAAGGUUCUCAUAAAAAACUUAGUAGAACUCACAACCCUGAAGUCUAUUUUAUUUUUCUUGUUGUUCAUAUACCCCCUAUAUAUUCGUAAAUAAAAUCUCUCUCUCUCUCUCUCUAAUAUAGAGAAAGUAAGAAUGGGGGGGGCAACUAUGCUUUUGCCCUGGCCCCGCACAUGCUAAGGGCAGGCCUGGUCAUGUUGAUGCGUUCCACUUCUUGCUUGACAAUUUCUAACUUUCCCUAGUUCAUGCUUCUCACAUUCCAUGUUCCUGUUGUGUGCAUCGUACAGCUCUGGCCUCUCCUUUCUCCUCUUUACACAUAAGCCUCUGGGCUUCCUUUUGGCUUUGACCCAGCUGCGUUGUUAGUCACAGUGCUACUCCUAUUCAUCCUUUGUUCUUCCCCAGUAGCUCAGAGAAUGCCUUCCGAUCUGGGGGUCUCAUCUUCCAGCACUAUCUUGUGUUGCAGUUUGGAUAUUCUGUUCAUAGGGUUUUCGUGGUGAGGAAGAUUCUGGCUGCCAUUCCCUGUAAGGAGGAGAGUCACGUAGGCAAUAGUGAAUAGUACUUUUGUAGUAGAUGAAACGUGCCAAGGAUGCUGUUAUCACAGGAAUGCAUAGAGGAGGAUGGCUGGUACAGGGGGCAGAGCAUCACAGCAACAUAGAAUAAUUGGAUGAAACCGUUGCUAUGGCCAUGACAAAUGUAGGGGUAUAUAUAUGUCUGUAUCUAACCACCAUUUUUGUUGAGUUAUGUAUUUUGCUCCAGUAAAGCACUUUGUUGAAUAAAUAACCUGA